ACUAGACAUCACCACUACAAUCAAUUAAAUCUUUCUCCUGCGUCACGGUAUCCUCAAAGGGCAUCCUACAGCGCCACAGUCUGGCGUCAGAGGCCUCGGCAGCCACACACUCCUGUCAUGGCACGCAUCGUGAAGGCUGCGGCGGCGGUGGUGGUGGUGGUGGUGGUGCUCGGAGGAGGCCCUGGCGGCAGGUGUGGCGCUGCUCACGGCGCCACAAACUGCAACUCUGGUACAGACGAUGCAGAAAUGCUAGUAAGAUCUGAAGAAGAGGAAUUGAUACACAGCGAAGCAAUACGCCAAGUCAGACGGCACGUGAAUCAAUAUAUGUACAUGGUGCCCUUGACAGGCUUUGAAGGCGUUCGUGCUGAGGUGACAACCAACAUGGGAACAUUCUCUGCCUGGUUCCCAAUUAUGGACCACUGCCUCCUCGACAGUUCCCGGUGGUGGCAGGUGUUACUGGAGGUGAAGAAAUACACCAGUUCAACUCUCACUGCUACUCUGGCGGUACACAACUGCUCCCUGUCAUGUGAACUGAACAAUGACGCAAGACGCACAAAUGGGAGCGACUUGAAGCUUCACAACCUGGAAAUGUUUGGUCGCGGCGCUUCCAAGUGGAGAGAACAGCGUCCACUCCAUCCUUGCAGAGUUGAAACAGUAGCAAAAGAUCCUGUCCGAGUAACCCCGCCCUCCUGCACCAAUCCUCCGCCCAUCGGCAAUGCCUCUCCACCUCACUCUGACACAGAUCAGCAGCCUGCACACCGGCCUGCACAGGGAACUCUCGGCACCGCCUCGCCUCCCGCACGCGCUACACCCCCAAGCCCAUCAGAAUCCCCUACAGCCCACACUGAAGGCCUCACGCCCCCAUUGCGGGUGGCAGCAGUGGUGGUCGUGAUGGUGAUGAUAGUGAUGAGUGAUGAUGGUGGUUGUGAUGAUGAGACGUUGAGAUCGACAAGAAAAUUAGGCGCUCGCGCGCGCGCGUGCGUGUGUGUGUGUGUGUGUGUGUGUGUGUGUGUGUGUGUGUGUGUGUGUGUGUGUGUGUGUGUGUGUGUGUGUGUGUGUGCGUGUGUGUGUGUGUGUGUGUGUGCGUGAAAAACUUGCAGCAACAACAACAACAGCAAGCAAGCGAAGUUAACAGUUAACAGAAACAUAUGACUGUAAUCGAGUCACCAUUAUCGCCAUCAGAAUUAGCAUCAUAAUCAACAGUAAGAGCUGCACCAGUAACUACAACAUCAAUAACAGUAUUAGUAAUGGUAGUAUAAGCAGUGGGACCCACGCGGCAGCCACUACUGGCGAUACUGCAUCUCCCAGAACUAGGAUGGCAGAAAAAAACAAACAAAUAAAAUGAAAUGAAUAACAUAAAACAAAUAAAUAAAUGAAUGAAAUAAUAAUAAUAAUAAUAAUAAUAAUAAUAAUAAUAAUAAUAAUAAUAAUAAUAAUAAUAAUGAACAUGCUGAAGGCCCAACAUUCAAAACCGUCUUCCCACAGCGGCCAAUGUGUCUCCUCUAAUACAUGGAAUUACGUUACUGGAAACAUUUAUAUUCGAAAAUAAGAAUUGUGGAAACAGUCUUCAUAAAAUGUCAUCAUGAGCUACAGUGAAGGGCAAAGGCGUUCUCUCAGCGAGUGUUAGCGAGCGGCACACCACGACACACAGAAGUGUCCCACGGCUCGUCCGACUUACGGAGGGUUUAUUGUAUGUGCGCGUAGGAUGUGAAUGUGGUGGUGGUGGUGGUGGUGGUGGUGGUGGUUGAUACAGUAAGAGCAGUAUUCAUGAUAGUAGCGAUAGAAGUAGCGGUAGUGGUGGUGGUGGUGGCGGUGUUGGCGGCGGUACAUUUUAAAUCUCUCUCCUGCGUCACUGUAUCCUCAAAGGACAUCCUGCAGCUCCCUAGUCUGUCGUCAGAGACCUGAGCAGCCACACACUCCUGUCAUGGCUUGCAUCGUGAAGGCCGCGGAGGUGGUGGUGGUGGUGGUGGUGGUGGUGGUGGUGGUGGUGCUCGGAGGAGGCCAUGGCGGCAGAUGUCACGCUGGUCACCUCGCCAUAAACUGCAACUCCGAUACAGAAAUAACAAGAUCUGGAGAAGAGAAAUUGAUACACAGUGAAGAAAUACACCAAGCAAGAGAGACCGUGAGUGAAAACUUGUACAUGGUGCCCUUCACAGGCUUUGAAGGCGUCCGUGCUGAGGUGACAACCAACAUGGGAACAUUCACUGCCUGGUUCCCGAUUAUGAGCCAUUGCUUCAUCGGCGAUUCCCGGUGGUGGCAGGUGUUACUGGAGGUGAAGAAACACACCAGUUCAACCCUCACCGCAAAUCUGAGGGUACACAAUUGCUUCCUAUCAUGUGAACUGAUCACUGACGCCACACGCACAAAUGGGAGAGACUUGAAGCUUCACAACCUGGAUCUGUUUGGUCGCGGCGCCUCCAAGUGGAGGACACAGCGCCCAGAAUCUCCAUGUCAUGUUGAAAAAUUAGCAAAUUAUUCUCAAACACAAAUCUUGACAUCCUGCACCAAUCCUCCACCCAUCGGCAGUGCCUCUCCACCUCACUCCAACACAGAACAGCAGCCUACACAGCAGCCUGCGCAGAAGACUCUCGGCACGGCCUCACCUAAAGAACGCACCACGCCCACAUGCCCUUCGGAAUCCAAAGCACACCAGACGGAAAGACUAACAGCCACAUAUCUGGGUGUGGCAGUGGUGGUGGUGUUGGUGAUGAUAGUGAUUCUGGCGGUUGUGCUGUUUCUGAUGAGACGUCGUGGUUAACGAGAAAAUGUGGAAGGAUCCCAGGUGACGCAUUCCAUCCAGGAAGUCCACGUCAGUAGGAACAGCCUGUAUGAAUCGUUUGACCAGCGCAGACGUGUUUCAGAGUCAGGGUCCUUGCCUUCAAGAAUACUGUGAGGUAGUGUUGGGUUUCUAGGAUCUGUGCGUGUGUCUGUGUGUUGGUGUGCAGGGAAAUUUUCUUUGUGGGAGAUUAAGCACAAGAAAAACAUAAAUAUAGUGAACAUUAUGGUGCUGUGUGUAAUAAUAAGCUUUCACUGAAGAAUAAUUUGGGAUUGUACAUUAAAUAAGUUAAGUUAUGAGGCACAGAAAGACUUUUAAACUUGUAAUCAUCUUGUACAGCGACACGCACACAGCUCCUGCAGAGGAAACACUCGUUAUUCACACAGUGUCCGGGAGUCUCCUGUGAUGCGUCGAGUCCUGCCUGCCUCUCCUUAACGUGGUGGUGGUCUAACUACUACUACUACUACUACUACUACUACUACUACUGCUACUACUACUACUACUACUACUACCACUACUACUAUUUCUUCUUCUUCUUCUUCUGCUACUACUACUACUACUGUUGUCCGUCACAUCUACAGAACACGUUAUUCCUACGGAAAUUAUAAACGUUGGUGUAAGUCAAUUCUCUCUCUCUCUCUCUCUCUCUCUCUCUCUCUCUCUCUCUCUCUCUCUCUCUCUCUUGUUUAAUAGUGGAGCAUCCUUUCCUUCUCUUCCUCCACGAGAACCUUUCUUUUCGUUCCUUUUCUUCCUCCUCUUCGUCCUCCUCAUCCUCCUCCACUUCUACUCAUGCUUCAGCUGAUUAUUAUUGUUAUUAUGACUAUUGUUAUUUUUAAGUUAUUGCUAUUAUUAUUAUUAUUAUUAUUAUUAUUAUUAUUAUUAUUAUUAUCAUUAUUGAUAAUGUGUACAUGUGUGUGUGUGUGUGUGUGUGUGUUUGCACACGUUAUUCAGUGCUAUCAUUAUCAUUAAUAAUGUAAGUGACUAAUUGGUUAACAUUAGUUACCAACAACAGAACAAGCGUUCUAUUUAUGUAAUUUAUAAAUACGAACUGAAAUUCCAUGCAUGUCUAAGUAAGUCUGAUUGUAGCUUAGGUAGGGUGGAGAGUUGUUGUUGAUAGUUAACGCUCAUUACCAAUCUCUAGUGUAAGUGUGGGCCUGUGACCGCUGCGUGUGCUGCAGCAACACCCACUCACCACAUCGCCCAUGAGGAGCCGCGGCUCAGUGGACCACGCCAUCUACUGCCUGUGGCGCGACUGCUUGUAAUCAUGUCAAAACAGAGGAUAAUAAAUAUAUCAUUCAAUAUAA